UCACACGUCCGUCUGGCUCUCCUCCCCCGGUUCGGAUCCAAGCAACCAAUCCAGACCGAGACCAGGUGCGGCAGCACGCGGCUCGCCGCCGAUGGCGAGGGCCGACGCCGACGCCGACGAAGCGCCGCUGCUGGCCGAGGAGCCCCUCCGUCCAGGCGCCUGCAGCCGCGAGCUCGAGCUGCGGGAGUUCCGCGACCGCUACGUGAUCCGUUCGCUCGACAGCGGCGGCGCCGCCUUCGCCGUCACCCGCUCGGGGGGCUCCAUCCGCCCUCUCUCCCCAGAGGAAGCCGCGGUGGGGAGCGACUGCAAGGUGUCGAGGAUAUACGGAGUGGCCGGCAUCAUCAGGUUGCUCGCCGGAAGUUAUGUACUCGUCAUCACUUCUCAAAAAGAUGCUGGCUCUUAUCAAGGCUCCCCUGUAUACCAUGUGAACUCAAUGAAAUUCUUAUGCUGCAAUGACGCUAUAAAGCACUUGACUUCACAGGAAAAAAGGGAUGAGGCGUACUUCAUGUCUCUCCUGAGAAUUGCAGAAACUACUUGUGGACUGUACUACUCAUAUGACAGGGAUUUGACGCUAAAUUUGCAGAGGGCAUCCAAGUUGGCUGCAGGGAGGAUACAUAAACCACUAUGGAAGCAGGCUGAUCCACGUUUUGUUUGGAACAAAAAUUUAUUAGAGGAGCUUAUUGAAGCUAAGCUUGAUGAGUUCAUCAUCCCUUUGAUACAAGGAAGUUUUCAGUCAGCGCAAUUUACCUUGAAGGAUAGACCUGUCAGGAUAACAUUGUUCUCAAGGAGAUGCAACAGACGUCUAGGAACAAGAAUGUGGAGAAGGGGCGCAAAUCUUGAAGGUGCCACUGCAAAUUUUGUAGAAACAGAACAGUUGGUUGAGUAUGAAGGUCUCACAUCCUCAUUUAUACAGGUUCGAGGUUCUAUUCCACUUCUCUGGGAGCAAAUAGUGGAUUUGAGCUACAAACCACGUCUCAGCAUUAUUGAACAUGAAGAAACUCCAAAGGUUGUUCAACGCCACUUCCAUGAUCUUUCGCAACGAUAUGGCGAGACAGUUGUUGUUGACUUGACUGAUAAACGAGGUGAUGAAGGAGAUUUAAGCAAUGCAUUUGCUGCUGAAAUGGGCAGAAUUCAUGGUGUCAGGUACGUGCAUUUUGAUUUCCAUCAUGUCUGUCAUGGAGGGAACUUUGAUAAUUUGCAAGCUCUCUACAAUCAAAUUGAGGAAGCUAUUCAGAAACAAGGAUAUUUUCUUAUGGACUCAAAAGGCGAGAUUUUGUUGGAGCAAAGUGGUGUAGUUAGGUCCAACUGCAUUGACUGCCUGGACCGUACAAAUGUAACACAGAGUUUCCUUGCAAGAAAAUCGUUGGAUUCACAAUUGCAGCGGAUGGGGGCAUUAUCAUCAUCUGAAAGCAUUUCUAUCUCUGAUAACAAUAAUGAUAUAUUCAAAAAAUUAUGGGUUGAGCACGGUGAUGAGCUAAGCCUGGAGUAUGCGGGUUCUUAUGCUUUGAAAGGGGAUCUAGUGAGAUAUGGAAGGCAGACAUUACCUGGACUAAUUAAAGAUGGCAUGAGCGCCCUUUCGCGAUAUUAUUUGAAUAAUUUUCAUGAUGGAGUGCGACAGGAUGCUCUAGAUCUUAUUAGUGGUUAUUAUACGGUCAGCCAAGGCAGCACUUCUCCUUUUCAGACUGGUGGAUUUGAAUCUGCUUCGUAUCUUCCUGUGGCUUCAGCAAUCAUAGUUGGUGGGAUUACCGCGACAACUUUCACUCUCAGUCAAGUUGGACGGAAUGCACAGCACUUCAUCUCCUCCAUUAUCUGCGCGGGCUUGACAGUGGGAGUAGUAGCCUUGGUGAAAGCCAAUGGAAAACAGUUUUGCUCGAGGCCCCGUUUGUGUGGUCUAAUCUAAUUCCUGGUUCUUUUUUCCCCUACAUCGCCCUUUUGUGUUAGAAAUUAAAGAUAAAAAAAGAAUUAGAAUGUUGUUUGCAAGAGUAGGUUAAAUAAGGAGGCAGGUCAGCCUGCCGGUCCUGUAAACAGUUAACUAACAACAAAUUAGACUUCCAGUUCUAGUCCUGUAAACUGAAGCUAAUUUGAAACCCCGAAUUAGACUGAACAGUUCAUUGGUUCUUGGUAUGUAUCUGUGAAUAAAGAACUGCACCUCCAAAUUUGUACCA